AUGGCGGAUGCUGGUAGAUCCAAGAAACGACGCAAGCGAGGCUGCCUUUCGGGAAUCAUCGCCCGUAUUUCUGGGAAGCACGGACAAUCAGUGACGCCGCAGCCCAAUGUGAAGACAUUCAAACGAAGCCGGUCGUUGGAGAAAGACAUGGUGUUGCUCUCUGCGAUUGGUCUCCUUCAAGAAUCGGGACGACUGAGGGAAGCAGUCCUGAUCCUUGUUCGAUUGAAGCAGAGAAACGACAACCCCCAAGGCGACUACCGGGGCAUCUGUGCUCAGUUGACAACAGUCCUGCAGGCAUGUGCCACUGUGUGCAUCCAGCUGGCCCAUUCUACACGAGACGAGCCCCAACGCGCCCAACAGGCUAUCGAUGAGUUCCACAGUGCCAUUGCAUUAUUAAAGAACUUUGGCCAUACAAAGGAUGGAGUGGCCGAAUCACUUGAUCAAGUCACUCGUGGUAUCCAUUCGCUCACCGCCCGUCAUGCGCUACCGGAACCUGAGGCGACGGAGGUGGGACACCCCAUCUGGAAAGCCGUGCUUGCGGCAGGGAUCACCGUUCUCGAUAUCCUGAAAGAAGCUAGCGAAGCAGCUGAUGUGCCGGUUCUCAAAGGGGUCGUGGGGUCAGUACUGAGCCUCUUCAAAGCUGUCCAGCAAACGCAAUUCAACUACAAUGACAUGUAUGCGCUGGCAUGCCAGGCGGGCGAGCUUGUUAUCAAUGUCGCUGAGGCGUGCUCCAGUAUGGGCAACAUCCCGGAGGAGGUCGAGAGACUUGUUUUACGAUUUGAAGCGAACCUGCGUCCCGUCGUCCAACGUUGUCAAGAAUUAAGUCAGAAGAAUGUCUUUUGGUGCUUUCUACAGAACAGCAACCACAAACAGGAGCUUGAUAAACUCGCUGGAGACGUGACUGCUGCUGUCCAGCUAUUCCAGAAUUCGAACCUCAUCCAAUUACAAGUCAGGAUCGAACGUGUGGCUGAACAAGUUGAUCAUGUUGCUUUUAAACAGCUACCAGAACACCCAGAUGUGAGCGCCCUGCGAGGGGAAUACUUCCCUGGGAGUCGGGAAGACAGCGUGAAAUUCAUAUCGGACUGGUUUUCCAAAUCGAAGGAAGCCGUCCUUUGGUUACAUGGUCCAGCAGGAAUGGGCAAGUCAACGCUAGCCCACCACUGCGUACAGGAGCUCCGCACGUGUGACCGACUCGCAGCAUCAGCCUUCAUCACAGCAAUCCCCUCGGACAACCUGGGGCCAGAGACCUUGGUCAAGAUGUUGGCGUCUGAGAUUGGCAAGCUGCACCCGCGUGCAGUUCCCGCCAUCCUAACUGCUACCAAGACCUGCGCCGGGUUGCACUUGGAGACCCACUUGGAACGGUACAUCCACCAGCCUCUCCGCUCGCUCUCGUAUCCCUACCCCCUCGUCAUCAUCAUCGAUGCUUUGGACGAAUGGAAGCAUUACCGCAGCUUCAUCCGUAUCCUUCCACAUGUGGAUUCUUCUAUCGUUCGGUUCAUCGUCACCAGCCGACGGCCCGCGCUGGAUUCAGUCCUCGAUGAUCUCAAUGGCACGCGGUACGAGAUGUACGCCCUACCCCAGGCGUCCGAGGAUGCCUUGAAAGCCUACGUCCAGCAUCGUCUUGACCGAGUGAACUGGGGAGAUGGUGGGAGGCCUGAUGGCAGGUCCGCUGAGCUGAUCGCGCGCAAAGCAGACGGGCUAUUCAUAUGGGUGGCGACUGUGUUCUCCAUUCUCGACAACAGCCUUGAUAGCGAGACCCCUAAACAGCGACUGGAACAGAUCAUGCGCUCGCAUCGGAACGUCUCCGCUGCCGAAGGACUUCAGAAGCUGUACGGCGAUGCCAUCCGCCGCCUGUUCCCCACAGACCAAAAUCAGGAAGACUUUCGUGACUUUUUUGGGCUCACCGCAGUACUUCAAGAAACGAUGUCGGUCUCCGAGUUCGCGUCAUUGUCAGGGCUAACCCCCACUAUGAUCAAGGGAAUUCAGUCGCGUUUGUCCGCUCUCAGAACCCGUGGGUUGUUUGAUCAAGACAAUGUGCGGCCUGCCUCAACCCUGUACCACCUUUCCUUCAUCGAAUUCAUCCAUUCCGAGGCCUCAAGCGCCACGCCCCCACUCUUCUCCAUCUCCCAACGCCAGUGUCAUUCGCUCAUGGGUGAGCGCUGCCUGGAGCUGACCUUUCAGGGCUUCCUCCCGUAUCCCGCCGCUCACACUCUCCCUCAGCCCCGCGGUGCUCGUCGCUACGCCUGUCGCUUUUGGCCAUUGCACGUGUCCACUGGUACUGGACGUCUGCCCAUGGAGUGGGCUACAACAACUCACUCGAAGCUGCUGGCGGGUGUGGAGACAAAUGGAGCCUUGGAGCAGUGGGGUACAAUGGUCGGAAAGCUUCUCUAUCCCGACAUUGAAUUGGAGAAGGGAGAAGGAACCCAAGAUAUGGAAGAGGUGCUUGUCCGUCUCGCCCGACUGGUGCGUCGGCGCGAGGGCAGUGCUACACCCUUCCAGAUGCAGUGCCUCGAAAUAGCGAUACGCUUGCGACCCGAUGGUCCGAAAGCUUGGGACAGGUUGGGAUGGUGCCAUCAGGAUCUGUUUGAGCAGACUUGCGAUCUUGCGCAUGUAAAUGCUGCCGUUGAGGUGCGGUCCCAUCUGUUUGAACAGUGUCCUUUGUCACAUCCGAGUCGGUCUGAAUGGUUAGAAAAUUACACCGCUAGUCUUCUGACCCGCUUCGAACACAGAGGACAAAGUUCCGAUCUCGAAGCAACGAUUACCUUGUCCAAGCGCUGGCUAAGUGACCAGGAAUGCGAUCGUCGAAGCAGUAUCUGGGUAUUGACCCACCUUGCGAACGCCCUCGAGGCGCGCUUUGGGCAGGCUGGAACCAGGUCCGACCUCGAGGAAGCGAUCACGCUGCAUCAAGAGGCGCUGGAACUCAGACCGGCACCUCAUCCAGGCCGCUCUUCCUCGCUCAACAACCUUGCAAACGCCCUCAAGGCGCGCUUUGAGCAGGCUGGAACCAGGUCCAACCUCGAGGAAGCGAUCACGCUGUAUCGAGAGGCGCUGCAACUCAGACCAGCACCUCAUCCAGACCGGCCUUCCUCGCUCAACAACCUUGCAAACGCCCUCAAGGCGCGCUUUGAGCAGGCUGGAACCAUGUCCGACCUCGAGGAAGCAAUCCGGCUGCAUCGAGACGCGCUGGAACUCACACCAGCACCUCAUCCAGACCGCUCUUCCUCGCUUGGCAACCUUGCAAGCGCCCUCUUCAGGCGCUUUGAGCAGGCUGGAACCAUGUCCGACCUCGAGGAAGCAAUCCGGCUGCAUCGAGAGGCGCUGGAACUCACACCAGCACCUCGUCCAGACCGCUCUUUGUCGCUCAACAACCUUGCAAGCGCCCUCCUUAUGCGCUUUGAACAGGCUGGAACCAUGUCCGACCUCGAGGAGGCGAUCCGGCUGUAUCGAGAGGCGUUGGCAACCUGGCCACCAGGUCAUCCGUAUCGCCUCUAUUCGCUACAUAACCUUGGAUCUUCUCUCCUGUCCUUAUUCCGUUUCUCCGGCUCAGAGAAUGACAUUGACGAAGCAGUUGACCUACUCGAGGAAGUGUUGGCUCUGCGACCAAUGCCCCAUCCUCUCCGUCCAGGAACUCUUCGUCGUCUUGCUGAUGCCCUGGAGGCUCGUUUCAAUUUCAAGGGUGUGGUUGAGGAUCGAGACGAGGCGGUCCGACUUCGUGCAGAAAUCGAGAUGUCGCACAACCAAUAG